AUGGAUAAACCAACAUCUAAUCUGUUAAAUGGAGAUCUGUCGGAUAUGACUCAAAAAAAGAAAAUUGUCACUGAUGAGUGCUCUACUUCCGACUCUGACUCUGAGCCGAUCACCACCACGGCUGUCAGAUCUGUACCAUCAUCAUCAGCGCUAUCCACUCAAAAAACCUCUCAAUCAACUCAAAAGCGUCGUUGUUCGGACAGGGAGAACUUCACUUUACCACUUCUCAAAUACAUUGGCCAUACCGCAAAAACACUUGUUCUCACUUUCCUGUUCGACUGGUCGCAAAUUAUUCGUCAUCCUAUUGGAUCAUUGACGACUCUAGUAAUAUAUCCAUUAUCAUCUGGAAUCAUGGUCGUUGUUUCCUUAGCGUUUCGAAUGGGGAGUCGCUUCAAGCGAGGACAAAAGAAGAAAGUACAUUCAAAGAUUUUUGACGAGAACAGAAGACCACUUAUUGAACGGGCUGGCCACUAUCUCGACAACUCAUUAGAACUCAAAGUAGACGAAAUCACAAAGAUAACCCAUUAUGAUUGCUACGCAGACAAUCGUUACAAAACCCCAUCUUUCAGCAUAGACGUUGCCGAGCUCCUCUUAAUGCUCUCGGCUCUCAUGUAUGAACGAGAGCCUCUAGACAGUAAUGACAAGAACGAGGGUAUCGAGUAUGAUCUCGGUGAUGUGGCAGACGACAACAAUGACAACAUCGUGAACGGAACGCAAGCUGAGUUAGACGAGAGUCAGAUCAAGGAAGAGGAGAAUGAGACGGAUAGUGAAGGCAGGAGAAGGGAUCACAGUAUUCUAUACAUUCUUAGGAACGCCAAUAAGUGGGGUUUAAAAUUCUAUAAACUGUCUGAAUUAGGAACCGAGGCGAGUCCAUUUUGUGGUGCAUUCUAUUCGAAGGAACAUAAGUUUAUAGUUGUCGCAUUUAAGGGAACAACACCGACCGACUUCGCCGAGUGGGCUGUCGACGCUACUUUCAUGCGUACUAGUGGCAAGACGCAGUUAUUCGGUGAA